GCUGGGCCGUCUAUUAAAGGCCUUGCGGGCCCCGGUAUGGUGUUGAUCAACCAAAGCCCUCACCUUCUCCAACCUUGCUUCAUUUUCCCACGCUUUUCCAAAGCCCCUCCUCACAAUGUCCCCUUCUGCGAUCGCACUACAAGAGGCCCCAGUGGCAUCUAAUGCCGUUGCAAACGGAAACGGCGCGCAAGUCGAGCAAUCAGUACCAAACCCAGUCUAUCUGUCGACAGAACCGGGCUCCGACCAUGACUGGAAGAUUACACUGCGCAAUAAAGUCAUUGCCAUAACUGGCGCGAAUCGCGGUAUCGGUCUCGGAAUUGCGACAGUCUGCCUCGCCAACGAUGCUGCUGAGAUAUACUCACUCGACCUCUUCGAGCCCGGCGAGGAGUUCGAAGCUCUCCAAAAGGCCAACCCCAAGCGACUGCAUUACCUCCACUGCGACGUCACAUCAGAAGAGAGUGUGACCAAGGCUGUUGAUCAGAUGGUUGGACAAUCGGGCCGCAUAGACGGGUUAGUUGCAAACGCGGGAAUGACGAAGCACCAGCCGGCGCUAAACUUCGAUCGGCCUCAAUUGGAGCAGAUAUUCAAUCUCAACGUCUUCGGUGCGUAUUUCUGCGCAACAGCUGUUGCCAAGAAGUUCAUUGAGCUCGGCAUCAAGGGGUCCAUCGUCUUCACAGCGUCCAUGACGUCGUACCGACCAAACCGCGCUGCUCCCUCUGCUCCUUAUGGCGGCACGAAAGCCGCCGUCCGGAACAUGUCGCACACGCUUGCCAUGGAGUGGGCCAAGCAUGGCAUCCGAGUGAACUCCAUCUCUCCCGGCUUCGUCAGGACUCAGAUGACCUACUACGUCGAGAAGGCGGCGGACUGGAACCUCAAGAUGCAAUACUAUGGUGGGAUGCCUCGGUUGGCGGACCCUAAGGAGCUCGGUGGCGCAUACGUAUAUCUGCUGUCAGAUGGUGCUAGCUAUACGACCGGUAUCGAUAUCCCAGUGGCAGGUAUCGUCGGUGCCUGGUAGAUGUCGGUGGUGGUUGGAUUCCGUCCAGGUUCCAAGUUCGGACUGGAGAGGGGGCGUUCCGGACUUUUGGUGCAGCUUACGUAGCGACAGAUAAGGACUAAGGCGUGUCCUACAGUGUCAAGAUGAAUCCUUCCUAUUUGAUGAUGAGUGUUAA